AUGAUGGUUUUGUUGACCAGUGAGUGGCCCACGGCAUCUGUCAACCAGCAAACAGACGGACGAGCGUCCCGUCAGAGACUACUCAUAUGUCAGCAAAGGAAGCCGGCCGGGCCAGCUCACCAGUUCAGCUCCCGGUCAAGGCUGGAGCUGAAGCACAUCAAACAGCGAACUCGAAACUCAAAGGGGGGAAGCUUGGGCGUCAACACUGCUGUCGUCAAAACCAAGCCUCGAUGUCAAGUACCGCUACAUCGCCCCCAUCAAGUUUUGGCGGGUUCCUGGAGUGGCUUGCGGUGUCGCUUUCCGGGUCCCCGUUGGUUGACGGGCCAAAAUGCUAUCAAUGACACCACUUUCCCACAGCUUGCCGCAUUCGUACAUGUGUGCGUAUCCGUACACGUAUACCUAGUUGAACGAGUCCGUUGA